UCAGCCCUGCAGGCAACUGUAGCCGGGCAUGCCAGGAGUCCCAGCACCAACACUUGAGUGGAUCGAGUGGCUCUGAGGAAGCCAUGUCUCCCAGGGGGCCCCGCGCCGCCGUGCUGCUGUUGUUUCUGAUGCUGACCCUGAUGUCUUCCUGGCCGACCGCGGACGGCAGGGAAACACAAUACGAGAAGUUCCAGCGGCAGCACAUCGACGAGCUGUCACACCCGCCGUUCAAUGAUGCCUACUGCAACACGAGGAUGAAGAAGCAGAACAUGACCACUCCCAAGUGCAAGGUCUUCAACACCUUCAUUCACUCAGAUUUAGCAACAGUAAAAGCCGUCUGCACACGGACUGGGACUAAGAAGCCCAACAACAGGUAUUACAGCAACGACAGCUUCUAUGUCACUGACUGCAAACUUAUAAGAAAGGACCCACGGCAAGGCUGCGUGUACUGGGCAACCACCUUGUCCCGGAGGAUUUGCAUAACCUGUGAGCAAGUCCACGGAGCUGGACUGGCACCUGUCCACUAUGGCAGCUACAAAGAGUGA